AUGGUUUCGAGUCCAGGUACUUUACCUCGAGGCGUGUGGUCACCGGAGGCUAACACACUGCGUGAAAUUUCAAUUGAGGAGAAUACUAUAGCAAAUUUAUUGUCACCUAAUCACGCUUUUCGGCGCGACGUGCUUGCGUAUUGUGAAUUACGUAACUUGAUACCUCACCCGCAAUUACUCCCACUACAUCCGAACGAGGAGGAAUCAAAGGGUGCAAUACUAGAUAUUGGCAACUUGAUGACGGAAAUUGCCGCGCAAUGUGCUAUGCACUUUCACUUUCAACGAGAGUGCGUUCGGUCUGCCUGUUUGACUUGGACUGGAAUUCCAUACCUUCUACAAAACGUUGGGUCUUCUGAUGUCACUUUGAGUCAACAGUGUGACAAAGUUGAGGAUCGAAAUGAUAUACUCGGUAUGGAGGAAAAUGUCGGUCAAGAAGAUCUGUCAGAGGUGUACGCUCAAUUGCUCAGUGGCGAUUCUAUGUUGACGUAUUUGUCGCUGCGAGCGAACGGGAUAACCUCAAAAGGAGCAGCUGCACUUGCCAAUGCAGUGCGUAUUAAUAAGAAGCUUGAAUCGUUAAAUUUAUUCAAAAACUCUAUUGACGAUGCUGGAGCACGCGCUUUUGCAUAUGCUUUGCCAUUCAAUACAACACUGAAGACGCUGUCACUUGCCAACAACGAAAUCUCCGGCCGUGGGGCAAAAUAUCUGGUAGAUGGGCUGACAAAAUAUCCGGCGCCACCAGAGCUGCUAGCAAAUAUUGAGGCGGCUGAAAGUCAGAUUCAUAUCCAGCUUGAUCAAGCAAAGAAGUCUAAAAUAAAAACUGACCGCGCUACAGUCCUAACGUCACUUGGGCUGCCCGUCUUGGAAACCAUUGAUGGUGUACAAUAUGCUCCUGGUAAUGCAACCUUGGAAGAACUUCUUCUGAGUGGUAAUGUCGAAAUUGGAAGGGAUGAUGUUGACCUGAUCAGUGAAGCUUUGGAGCCGUUCCAGCCAAAGUUGCAGACCCACCUGCGAUGCAUUAAGCUACAGCGAUUGCCGAAGGUGCACCAACAUAAGACAAUCACUAUUCUACUAGCUUUAACUUGGUGA